GCGCCAGUUGGUGUUCAUUGCUCACCGUAUCCACAGCACCUAGCCCCAGACCUAGAGGGGAACUUGGGCAGCGGCAAGAGAAAUGUGGGAACAAGACGAGAGACAACAGUUACAAGGAUCCUGCAUUGCCCGCGCCGUCAACAUCGACUUUUGGUUUUAAGGCUGUCCCGGGCCACUCUAAUUAUCAUUAUUUCCCUCUUCCUCAACUCGUGCAUUGCUUCUGCUUGCAUUUGCAUUUGCACUCAACUCCACUACCAAGGAAUACCAAGCCUCCAAGCUCCAGCUUAGAACUACAGUACUGCUGCCAUCAUGUCGUUCCCCGCCCAUCGUCUGUCCAUUUCUACCAAAAAUCGACCUUCGUCGCUUCAAGGCAUCAGCAAGCCCAAGGAGCGUCGAUUCUCCUCCAACCAGCAGAGCGAAAAUGAGCUUCAAUCGCAGAUUCACCGUCAGUUCCGUGACGCUCACGAGGGCCACAAGCCUCACGCCGGACUCGAUGCUUCUCGUGCCUCUACAGGUGUCGUCUGGACUUCAGAGCGCGCCUACGAGCAUGGCUUCGCAGAAAACCCAGCGGCUUGGUCCAACUUGGGGCAAGGUGCUCCCGAGGUCGAGGACGAGAUCGAUGGCACAUUCGUCCGCCCACACAAGAUUGACGUUACCAUGACCGGCAGAGAAUAUGGACCUACCGCUGGUAUUCGCCCUUUGAGAGAGGCGGUCGCCAAUCUCUACAACGAGCAUCACAGACAGGGAAAAGAGAGCAAGUACACGUGGGAGAACGUCUGUAUCGUUCCCGGUGGACGUGCUGGUCUCAUCCGUAUUGCUGCAGUUUUGGGCAACACAUACCUGGGUUUCUUCAUUCCGGACUACACGGCGUAUAACGAGAUGUUGUCGCUCUUCCGUAACAUUGCCGCUAUUCCUAUUCCUCUAUCUCGCGACGAUGGAUACCAUAUCCACCCGGAUAAGAUUGCGGAGGAAAUUGCCCGUGGUACAUCUGUCAUCCUGACUUCCAACCCUCGUAACCCAACCGGUCAGAUGAUCACCAACCCUGAGCUUGCCCAGAUCCAGGAUAUCUGCCGUGACCGUGCCACGUUGGUUAUGGACGAAUUUUACUGCGGCUACAACUACACCACAGAGUGCGAUGGCACUGUUAUCUCAGCUGCCGAAAAUGUCGAGGAUGUGGACGAAGACGACGUCCUCAUCAUUGACGGUAUGACCAAGCGCUUCCGCCUGCCCGGCUGGAGAGUCGCAUGGGUCAUUGGACCCAAGGAAUUCAUCAAGGCAAUUGGCUCUUGUGGUUCGUACCUCGAUGGAGGCUGCAAUGUUCCUUUCCAGGAGGCCGCAAUCCCUAUGCUUGAGCCACACAAAGUCCGUCACGAGAUGCGCGCUCUCCAGACCCACUUUAAGACAAAGCGUGAUUAUGUUGUGGGUCGUCUUGAGGCAAUGGGCUUUUCUCUUGGCUACUGCCCGAACUCCACCUUUUACUUGUGGCUCGACCUAUCUGAACUGCCCAUAGAGAUCAACGAUGGUCUGAACUUCUUUCAAGCUCUGCUUGCGGAGAAGACAAUUGUUGUUCCGGGUAUCUUCUUCGACUUAAAUCCCAGCAAGCGUCGUGAUCUGUUUGACUCUCCUUGUCAUCACUUCGUACGUAUCUCGUAUGGUCCGCGCAUGGACAACCUCGUCAAGGGUAUGGAUGCCAUUGAGCGCGUCUUGAAGAAGUAUGGCGCAUUCAAGUUCGCCGACAAGCGUGAUGAUGCUGCCAUCGAAAGCCCCAUCUACCCGACCAGUCCAAAAGUUACCCGCAAGUCGGGCGCAUAGAUGUGGCACGCGAGAUCUCGGAGGCGACGUGGCAAACCACUCGACCUCAUCAUCCUUGCUUGGAUUAAUGAAUGUCUGGUAUACGUGCAAUUUAUGUUUUGUGGUUUGAAUACAGCAGCCCGAACAGGGGAUGGAAUUGGAUAAUGUGCUCAUAGACACUACUAUUUGGGUCAAAGAACAUAGCUUAGAUAUUCGUGAUACCUUAGAUAGCGGUAAUAGACCGUCUUGAUACCUCUGGCCUAGUGUCUUGCUUUCGAAUCAUAUAAAGAGUAUACUGUAUUGGUUCACUACAG